AUGGCUGCUUCUUCAUCCUCUGGUGCUUCCUUCUUUGGAGUUCGCCAAAAUGACCAAUCUCACCUUCUUCCUCCAAAUUCCUCCGCCACCGUCGCUCCUCCUCCUCCUCCUCAUCAUCACCAGCCACUGCAGUCUCAGCAACCCCUUGAAGCUCCGCCGCAGAAAAAGAAGAGAAACCAACCAAGAACUCCAAAUUCCGAUGCAGAAGUGAUAGCUUUAUCUCCAAAGACACUAAUGGCUACAAAUAGAUUUAUAUGUGAAGUAUGCAACAAAGGGUUUCAAAGAGAACAGAAUCUACAACUUCAUCGAAGAGGACAUAAUCUUCCAUGGAAACUUAAGCAGAAAUCGACCAAAGAAGUGAAGAGGAAAGUAUAUCUUUGUCCAGAACCCACGUGCGUCCACCAUGACCCGUCACGUGCUCUCGGAGACCUCACCGGAAUCAAGAAACAUUAUUACCGUAAACACGGUGAAAAGAAGUGGAAAUGCGAGAAAUGUUCUAAGCGUUACGCUGUUCAAUCGGAUUGGAAAGCUCACUCCAAGACUUGUGGUACCAAAGAAUAUCGUUGCGACUGUGGCACACUCUUCUCCCGGCGAGAUAGUUUCAUUACACAUAGAGCCUUCUGUGACGCGUUGGCUCAAGAGAGUGCGAGACACCCAACUUCUUUGACUUCCUUACCAAGUCAUCAAUUUCCGUACGGACAAAACACCAACUCCAACAACAACACUUCAAGCAUGAUGCUUGGUUUGUCCCACACGGGGGCCCCACAGAAUCUUGGUCAUCCGUCUGGCGACGUUCUCCGACUUGGAAGCGGCGGAGGAGCCGCCUCACGCUCUUCAUCUGAUAUCAUUGCUGCGAAUGCUUCAGGUUACUUCAUACAAGACCAAAACCCUAGCUUUCAUGAUCAGCAAGACCAUUAUCACCAUCAACAACAAGGAUUUUUGGCUGCAAGCAAUAACAUCAAGCCAUCACCAAUGAAUUUUCAACAGAGUCUGAUGCAGUUCUCUCAUGAUAGCCAUAACUCUCCUUCCUCAAAUCUCUUCAAUCUCAGUUUCCUCUCUGGAAACAACGGAGUUGCUUCUGCUACAAGUAACCCUAAUGCUGCAGCUGUUUCUUCGGGUAAUCUUAUGAUCUCAAACCAUUUUGAUGGCGAAAAUGCUAUUGGAGGCGGAGGAGGAGGAGAAGGAAGCACGGGUCUCUUCCCUAACAAUCUGAUGAGCUCGGCGGACAGAACCAGCUCAGGAGCAGUGCCUUCACUCUUUAGCUCAUCUAUGCAAAACCCCAAUUCAACACCUCACAUGUCAGCCACUGCUCUUCUUCAAAAAGCUGCUCAAAUGGGUUCAACCUCAAGCAACAACGGAAGCAACAACAAUAAUAAUAACAAUGCCUCAUCCAUUCUAAGGAGCUUUGGGAGUGGAAUGUAUGGAGAAAACGAGAGUAAUUUUCAUGAUUUGAUGAACUCUUUCUCUAACUCCGGCCCAACGGGAAACAACGCUAAUGGAGUACAUUCUCCGUUUGGUUCGUACGGAGGAGUGAACAAAGCUGAUAAACAAAGCAUGACUAGAGACUUUCUUGGAGUUGGACAGAUCGUAAGAAGCAUGAGUGGUAGUGGAGGGUUUCAACAACAGCAACAACAACAUGGAAAUAGUAGAGAAAGAGUUGGCGCUUCGUCGGAUUCCGCCGAUAGAAACAGCAUGAAUUUGAAUCCUAGUGGUGGUCCGGCAACUUCACCACCGUAUGGAAUCCAUCAUGCUAGUUUCUAGCUAAGUGAAUUUUUUUAAAAAGGUUUUUAGUUCAUCAAAGUACAUGCUAUCUUUUCAGGUAUACAUGUCGUCAUCAAAAUCCGUAAUUAAAAUUUAGUUGCAAGUUACUCGAUUUAAGUUUAUCACAAAAUAGUUGCAAUUUAUCUAAACCAGCUCCAUUUUCUCUCUUGUAAAAGAUUUUU